CGUUCUAUGUUAUUUUAUUGAUGCGAAAUUUUCCAAGGAAAUAGAGGGAAAGGGAGAAUUAUUUGGUAAUUUAAUAGUUCAAUAAUACAUUUUUAUCUACUUUUAAUAGAAAUAAACAAAAGUAAGGAUAUAUUAAAAGUAAUUUGGAAAUGGGUGAUAUAAAAUCAUUUUUUCACCAAUGGUGUGGAAAAAAUGGGAAAGAUCCAAUAUUUGAUGUAAGACCAACAGGCCCAAAACAUAGACAACGGUUUCUGUGCGAAUUACGUGUACCAGGAUUCGAUUAUGUUGGUGCAGGCAAUUCGACUAAUAAAAAAGAUGCUCAAGGAAAUGCUGCUAGAGAUUAUGUUAAUUAUUUAGUACGAGCAGGGCAUGUCAAUCAAAAUGAUGUCCCUAAAGAUACAUCGAAUAUAAUGCCACCGGCAUUAGGGCCAGAUAUCAAGUUGGAGCCGUUACCUCCAAUAAAAUCAGUCUUUCAAGAUGGAAUGGGUCCUAACGAUAUAGGCCAAGCAUAUCGACCAUAUAACGAACAUGGUCAAAGUAACUAUACAUAUAUAGAUAGGUUGGCCGAUCAAAAGAAAGUAGAAGACGCAGAGGAUGUUGAUGUUAAUUCUGGGAUUCACGGAAAUUGGACAAUAGAAAAUGCAAAAUCAAAACUGCAUCAGUUUAUGCAAACUAACAAAAUUAAUGCAGAUUAUAAAUAUACCCCAGUGGGUCCAGAUCAUACGAGGAGUUUCAUGGCAGAGAUGACAUUCUAUGUGAAACAACUUGGACGAAAUGUUACCGGCCGUGAAACAGGAUCUAACAAACAAACCGCUUCAAAAAGCUGUGCCUUGUCCAUCGUUCGACAAUUAUAUCACCUUGGUGUCAUAGAAGCAUUUAGUGGCACCUUGAAAAAAAAUAAAGAUGCAGAACAAAUCAAGCCAUAUCCAGUUAAAAUUUCUCCAGAACUAGAAUCACAAAUUCAUGAUCUAUUGAGAAAUUUGGAAAUACAACCGGUCAACAUUCAUCUAACAGAGAAUUCAAGAAAAAGUCCAACACAACAUUCUUCGCAAUCUCAACCAAGCGUAGGAGUUUCAUUAUUAACAAAUCAAAUUCUAGAUGAUUUCAUAUCAUCUGUACCACAACCAGCAGGUGUAGUCAGUUGGUCUCCUCCACAACAAAAUUGGAAUCCAUGGACUGGAUGUAAUAUUGAUGAAGGACCUAUGGCAAUGAUGACUUUAGAUAGAUUAUCAGAUGAAUUAAUGCAUGAGCAACGAGAAAGACUGCAACAAGAUUCUAAAUUACUAAGUAGCAUAAAAGAUAGAUCAACUCUACCAGUCUUUCUAAAGAAAAAUGAGAUCAUGAAUGCCAUUAACGAUAAUCCAGUUAUUAUCAUUCGUGGAAAUACAGGCUGCGGAAAAACUACUCAAGUUUGCCAGUUCAUUUUGGACGAUUAUAUUGCUUCGGGUCAAGGUGCAUUAUGCAGCAUUGCUAUUACGCAACCUAGACGAAUUUCAGCUGUAUCUGUGGCAGAUCGUGUUGCUGCUGAAAGAUGCGAAAAUUUGGGACAAUCGGUUGGAUAUUCCGUACGUUUUGAAUCAUGCUUACCUAGGCCCUAUGGAGCUAUAAUGUUUUGCACCGUUGGAGUACUUUUAAGAAAAUUAGAAGGUGGACUACGAGGAGUGUCUCAUGUAAUUGUUGACGAAAUUCACGAAAGAGAUGUUAAUUCAGACUUUAUUAUGGUUGUUCUUCGUGACAUGAUACACAUGUAUCCCGAUCUAAGAAUUAUUCUUAUGUCAGCUACCAUUGACACUACUUUAUUUAGCCAAUAUUUUAAUAAUUGUCCAGUAAUUGAAAUUCCCGGUAGAUCGUUUCCCGUUCAACAAUAUUUCUUAGAAGAUUGCAUACAAUUGACUAAUUUUGUUCCACCUAUGGAUUUGAAGAAACGUAAGAAUCGUGAUUCGGAUGAUCUACCUACGGACGGAGAACCUGAAGAAAAUUUAAAUAAAGUUAUUAGCACUGAUUAUACCAUUCAAACGAAAAAUGCCAUGGCACAACUCACUGAAAAAGAAAUAAGUUUCGAAUUGAUAGAAGCAUUACUUCAAUAUAUAAAAGGACAAGGUAUUCCUGGUGCAGUUUUAAUUUUCUUACCUGGUUGGAAUUUAAUAUUUGCAUUAAUGAAACACUUGCAACAACAUCCUAUUUUCGGUGGUAUGAGUUAUAUCGUUAUUCCGUUGCAUUCGCAAUUACCAAGAGAAGAUCAAAGAAAAGUAUUUGAUCCUGUUCCUUCCGGUGUGACAAAAAUAAUAUUGGCCACGAAUAUUGCUGAAACUUCUAUAACAAUUAACGAUGUAGUUUAUGUAAUAGAUUCCUGUAAAGCAAAAAUGAAAUUAUUUACUUCUCAUAAUAAUAUGACUAAUUAUGCUACCGUAUGGGCAAGCAAAACAAAUUUGGAACAACGUAAGGGACGUGCAGGUCGUGUAAGACCUGGAUUCUGUUUUCAUCUUUGCUCCAGAGCAAGAUAUAAUAGAAUGGAUGAACAUAUGACUCCAGAAAUGUUUAGGACACCUUUGCACGAAUUAGCAUUAAGUAUUAAAUUAUUAAGAUUAGGUAGUAUUGGUAAAUUCUUAUCAAAAGCUAUCGAACCACCACCCAUAGAUGCUGUAAUUGAAGCUGAAGUUGUCUUAAGAGAAAUGAAAUGUUUGGACAAAAAUGAUGAAUUGACGCCUCUCGGCAAGAUUUUAGCUCGCUUACCAAUAGAACCAAGAUUAGGAAAAAUGAUGAUUUUGGGAUGCAUGUUUCGAGUUGGUGAUGCACUUUCCACGAUGGCUGCAAAUAGUACCACAUUCCCUGAGGUGUAUAAUAUGGCUCCUGACGUAAGACGAUUGACAACGCAACAAAAAUGGUUUGCAGGCGCAAGAUACAGUGAUCACGUUGCUAUGUUACAUGCUUUUCAAGCAUGGGAAGAUGUUAGAGCUUCUGGUGAAUAUGCAGAACAAGCUUUUUGUGAUUCGAAAAAUUUAAGUUUACCUACAUUGAGAGUAACAUGGGAAGCAAAAAAUCAAUUACAAGCUCUUUUACAAAGUGCUGGCUUCCCUGAAGAGACACUAUGUCCAAAUGUAUUAAAUUAUCAAUCAGGUGCUGACAUUCAACUUGAUACAAUUACAGCUUUGUUAUGUAUGGGAUUAUAUCCAAAUGUUUGUUAUCACAAAGAAAAACGCAAAGUUCUUACAACCGAAUCGAAAGCAGCGCUUAUUCAUAAGACGUCCGUUAAUUGUAGCAACUUUGAGCAAAAUUUUCCAUUCCCAUUUUUCGUAUUUGGAGAAAAGAUUCGUACAAGAGCGGUAUCUUGUAAGCAAAUGACUAUGGUAUCGCCCAUUCAUUUAUUACUAUUUGGAUCUCGGAAGGUAGAAUACGUAGAUGGUUUAGUAAAAUUAGAUAAUUGGAUUAAUUUAGAUAUGAAUCCUCAACAUGCCGCAGAUAUUGUUGCAUUAAGACCUGCUUUGGAAAGUCUCGUUAUAAGAGCCGCUAAAGAUCCAGAAACGAUUUUAGAUUUGAGUCCGGUAGAACAAAAAGUAUUAAAUGUUAUUAAGUCAUUAUGUGGCAUGAACGCUUGUAGAUAUGAAUUAGAUCAAAUCAGUAGCGGCGGAUUUCAAUCACGUAGAUCACAAAGAGGACAUACAAUUGGUUACACUAGAGAUGAAGCAACUCCAUUGAAAAUGAUGCGAGGAAACGGUGGAUAUCGUAGACCUGCGGGAAGUUUUAGAGGAAAUAAUUUUGGUGGAAAUUCUGGUGGAUUUGGUAACGGAUAUGGGAUGGGUAAUAAUCGAUUUGGAAGAGGUGGAAAUUGGGGUGGUAGUGGUGGUGGUGGUA